AUGGUNAAAAUAGACAAUAGAGACAAUUUGUGCUUACCUCGCGCUUUAGUAGUCGCCAAGGCUCAUGUUGACAAGGACAGUGAAUACGUAAAAGUGCGUCGAAAUAUAAGAAAAAUCCAGACACAAAGAGCUUUGGAACUUUGUCGAAACGCAAAUGUAUCGAUUCCUGAAGAAGGGGCUGGUAUACCAGAAUUGCAGGUACUACAAAGAUACCUUUCCGGCUACAAAAUUGUAGUCUACAGUUAUGGAAGUAAAGGCCGAGAAGUGAUUUUUAGCGGUAGUGGUAACGAGGGAGCAGCACUUAAUUUGUUCCACCACGAGGGUCACUACAAUGUGAUAACUUCUUUGACGGCUGCUUUUUGCUGUAGUUAUUACUGCGAGCGGUGUAACAUACCAUAUGAUCACAAAAAUAAGCACAGGUGUGGAGGUACAUGUCCAUGUUGUCAACAAUCACCCACUUGUCCUCCAGCGCUAAAAGUGCUAUGUGAUUACUGCAAAAGAUCUUUCCGUGGUCAAGACUGUUAUAAAAACCACAGAAAAUCUGGAUCACUUGGGAAAAGUACGGUCUGUGAGCAAAUUACGUGUUGUGAGACAUGCCUCAAAACCGUAAAAACAGAUAGAAAACAUCUUUGCGGUGAAAUAUUUUGUAAAACCUGUUCUGCAUUCGUACCCCAAGAUCACAUGUGUUUCAUUCAAACCGAUAAAGGAAGUCCGAAAACCAAAGACUUUCUAUUUAUUUUUUAUGAUUUUGAAACGCGACAGGAAAAGCAACAAGAUGAUGGCUCCCUCCUUCAUAAACCUAACCUGUGUGUUUUAAAACAGUGUUGUGACGAAUGUAUUAAUAAGGAUAUUAAGAUUUGUAAAAAGUGUGGUGUUCGUUUACAAGUGCUUCAAUGUGGCGAUCCCGUCUCACCCUUCAUGCAUCAUCUGUUAACGUUGCGAAAACAAUUCAAACAAGUGGUGGUAUUAGCACAUAAUUCCCAAUCUUUUGAUGGUCAAUUCAUCCUCAAUUAUAUUUUGACAAAAACAGAUCUCAAACCGGAAUUAAUUAUGAGAGGAACCAAAAUCAUUUCGAUGGAAGUAGAGAAUGUAAAAUUUUUGGACUCUCUGAAUUACCUACCAAUGGCUCUUUCAAAAUUACCAAAAGCUUUUGACUUGGGCCCUGAACUUAAAAAAGGGUAUUUUCCACAUUAUUUUAAUACAGAAGCAAAUCAAAACUACAUCGGCCUCUUACCUCCUCAGGAAUAUUAUAGUCCUGAUACAAUGAAAACAGAAGAUCGCGAAAAAUUUCUACAAUGGUACGAAGAACAUAAAAACGAUGAAUUUAAUAUGCAAAAAGACAUUGUGGAAUACUGCGUAUCUGACGUAGAGAUAUUGACAAGGGCUUGUCUUAAAUUUCGUCAACAGUUGAUGGAAACUACAAACGUUUGCCCCUUCACAGAAGCUUGCACCAUUGCCUCUACAUGUAACAAGGUGUUUAGGAGAAAUUUCCUUAAACCUAACACAAUAGGGAUUAUUCCAAAGAGCGGAUAUCGCUGGCGAGAUAACCAAAGUAAAAUCGCUAUUCAGUGGCUUGUUUGGGAAGAAAAGCAGAGAAAUGUAAACAUUCAGCAUGCUGCUAAACAACAAGAAGCCACUAUACAUGGUGUUAAAGUUGAUGGUUUUUGUUCUGAAACAGAAGAGGUAUUUGAAUUCCACGGUUGCUAUUACCAUGGAUGCCCUAGCUGCUUCAAAUGUAACAGAGGUGAACCAUUACAAGAUAAUCCCGCAGAAACUAUGGAUUUGAGGCAUGAAUCUACGAUAUCUAAAACAGAUAGGUUGAAAAACUUGGGGUAUGAAGUUAUUGAAAUGUGGGAAUGUCAGUUUAGAAAAAUGUUACAGGAUAAUGAUGAACUGCGAGUCUAUUCCGGGGGACACCCGCUAGUUACACUUACCCCUCUCAACCCUCGAGAAGCUUUUUACGGUGGAAGAACGGGUAACACUAGGACGUACUAUAAAUGUCAACAGGGCGAAAAAAUUAAAUAUGUCGACGUGUGCUCUCUUUAUCCUUAUGUCUGUAAAUAUGGUAAAUUUCCUGUGGGUCACCCUGAAAUCUAUGUUGGUGAUAACCUUGAUCAACUAAGUUUAAACAACACUAAUGGAGUAAUCAAAUGUAAAAUAUUGCCACCGAGGGAACUGUAUCACCCCGUACUUCCAACAAAAAUGAAUGGUAAAUUAAUGUUUGUUCUGUGUCGUACAUGUGGCGAGGAAAUGAAUCAGGGAGAAUGUACACAUAAUGUUGAUGAAAGGUCAUUAACGGGUGCGUGGAUUAUCGACGAGGUAUUGAAAGCUUUAGAAAAAGGUUACAAAAUAUUAGAUGUGUAUGAAAUUUGGAAGUAUAGUACUCAACAAUAUGACAAAACUACAAAUAUCUCAGGACUGUUUACGGACAUGAUGAAUAAAUUUAUCAAAAUUAAGCAACAGGCGUCCGGCUGGCCAUCAAAGUGUGUUUCUCAAGAGCAAAAAAACCAAUAUAUUGGGGAUUUCUUUAAUAAUGAGGGUAUAAAGUUGGAAUUUGCUGAAAUCGUGAAUAACCCUGGUUUGCGUUCUUUAGCAAAGUUAAUACUGAACAGCUUUUGGGGGAAAUUUGGACAAAGGGAAAACCAGCCCAAGACUAGGAUUGUCCGAGACCCUAGCGAACUAUUUGGUAUGUUUGCAAAUCCCGGAAUUUAUGUCAAUACAUUGCUCCCCAUAAACGACGAAACACUUGUUGUUAAUUACGAACAUAGGGAGGAGGUAUACCAGCCCCUAUCAACAGUAAAUGUAGUGACAGCUGCAUAUGUAACCGCACAAGCCAGGUUAAAGCUGUAUGGUUACCUCGAGCAAUUGGGUGAUAAAGUUUUAUACUAUGACACAGAUAGUGUUAUUUAUGUGUCUAAACCUGGAGAGUUUGAUGUGCCAACAGGUGAAUUCGUUGGAGAUAUGACCGACGAAUUAGAAUCGUACGGUUUCGACAACUACAUUACAGAGUUUGUGUCUGGUGGACCUAAAAAUUACGCUUAUAAAGUGUUUUCAACUCGCGAUAAUGAACAGAAGGUGGUCUGUAAAGUUAAAGGUAUUUGUCUGAACUAUGCGACAUCUCAUCUAAUAAACUUUGAGAGCAUUAAAGAUAUGGUCCUCAAUGAUGCUGCCCCCGUACACAUAGUGUCAAAAAACAUUCGUAGAACGAAAGAGCAUGAAGUGGUGACGAUAACUGAAACAAAAACAUACAAACCCAAUUCAACUAAAAGAAUGUUCCUUGACGAUCACAAUUCUAUUCCGUAUGGGUAUAAAAAACAAAGAACUAUAUCUUAA